AUGAGCUUUCAAAGAAAUGGUUUUGGCGACAACCAACAAAGAGCGCCUUAUCCAGAUACAGAGCUAGCAUGGGAUCCAGUGGAGUCUCUUGAAGAAUUCAACAAAUCAACGUACUCAUCGUACAUACAGCACUUGGACUCUGUGCCCUUGGAUACAGCACCACCAAUACCUGGUCCCCCAUUACCCACGAGACCUCCUCAACAUAUAAUUGACCAACAUAUAUCAAGUAUCAAUCAAAAAGAACAAUUUCAAUCAUUUCAAAGGACUCCAUUCAUAAAUACCAACACUGCUCCCAACUCAACUUCAUUACAAUCAACGCCUUCUACAAGUCGAGUAAGGGGACCAAGACAAUUACCAAACAAAUUUUCAAAUCCAAAUCUAUCAGCUUCAAUUAACUCAAGCCCUGGUUAUGGCGUAAGGCAAGAAUGGCCACAAAUUAAUUAUAAUCCUGGAGGAUUCAAUACUCCUCCACGUCCUGACCCAUUCAAUAGCUCACCUCAAAGAAGCAUGCCCAACUCUUCGCCCUUUAUGAAUCAGAAUGAAUCAAGCUUCAUGAGCUCUCCAAUACAGAUACAACCAUUGAAUUCAUCACCAGUACAGCAGAUACACCAAAGCCCUAUUACUGGACCUCGUCCGUUUCCAUUUUCAUCUCCAUCAUACAAUCAACAACCCCCAUCGCCAACCUCUCAAAGAAGAUUACCAUUGAAGGUCAAUACUAUAAGCAAUCAGUACUCUAUACAAAAUGACACUAGCUUUAUGGACUCUCCAACUUCUGCUUAUACUCAAAAAUUACCUGACAUUCCAACGUUGACACCUUCCACUAUGCAAGAGUCGCCAGUUCAGUUUAACACUGACCAGCAACGAACUUCAAGAAACUCACCUUCACCAACCAAAGGUCUUGCUGGUCCUAGAUUAAUGCCAUCCAUGUCAUCCCAUUCAACUUUAAAGAUAUCACCAUCAUCCUCACCAACAAAAGUUGAUUAUUAUGACCAUAGAACUAGUUGGAAUUCCGCAUACUCAUUAAACAUCAUACCUGCGGAUGAGAAUGAUGAUUUGGAUAGCAUCUCAGCCCCUCCAAGUGCUGUUGAAAUAGUUCCUGAAGUUCCUAAUGUUUCCACAAUUCCACCAAUCCCAAGAACUACCUCAUUAUUUGACCCUGAUUCAAUACCUAUUCCAGAUGAACCACCCCAAAGAGGGUCAACAAUAACAAGCAGGCAAACUGGUGGCGAAAAGGGGCUCCCACCAUUACCAGACUCUUUGAAUUUACCUUCGUUACCUUUCUCUUCAUAUUCAUUAAUGGCUUCUCACUUUAAAGAAUGUGAAAAUAUUCAAUUAUUAUCAGAACUUUUCAAAUGGUCAGUGAGUUUAGUUAAUGAGUGGUCUGAAGGUUUGAACAUUUCCAAAAAUGAAUACAAGAGGUCUUUGAAAUUGAUGAUUUCCAACAAUUCUCCAAAGUUGAACAAUUUUAUAAUUGAUGCAAAUAUUGAAACCAUAUUGAAUUCUUUUGAAAAGCAAAAUGCUAUUUACUUUGAUCAUAAUGACAACGUUCAUUUUAUGGACAAUGUAAAUGUCAGUGGUGUAUUACCUCAACUUACAGGAUGCUAUUCAAAAGCUCAUAAUAUUAGCUCAUUAUAUCAGUGCUAUUCACCACGUUGUUCAUUAACCAUAUAUCAACCACCAGUCCCAACAGUACCUGCAAAAGAAUCAGGAGUAGCCAAAUUAGGUGAAUGGACUUCAUAUUGGAACAUCACUGAACAAGAUUUAGUUGAAAUGGAUGAAUCUGAAGUUAAGAAACAAAGUCACAUUUUUGAAUUAAUAAGACAACAACAAAAUAUCAUUAAUUUAGGUGAAAUCCAAAUCAGAGAGUAUGGACAAUCUUUUAAAAAUGCAAACCCUCAAUUAUUACCAGAUGUUUCCAAGUUCUAUAAUGAUGCUUUCAAUUCUGUCAAACCACUUAUUGAUAUUCAUAAAAAGCAUUUAUUGGAGCCUCUGUUGCACAGAAUCAACACACAGGGGAAAUUCAUUACAAACAUUGGUGAACUUUUCUUAAACUGGGCUACUGCUGCUACUGUUCCAUAUUUAAAAUAUACUGAGAAAUUGGCAACAGUUCGUGAAUUGAUUAAAUUUGAGAAAAAUCGUCAAUCAAGAUUUGCUGAGUGGUUGUAUAAAGUUGAUCAAAAUCCUAAAGUUAUGGAGGCAUCUUUGGAUCACAAUAGAAUUUUCUUUAGUGGGUUUAUUGGACAUACUCAACUGUUAUCACUGGCUUUGAAUUCAGUUUAUAAGAAAACAAGGGAAAAUGAUAUGGAUCAUGUUUUGUUAAAGAAUGCAAUAGAUGAAAUUAAUAAACUGAAUAGGAAAAUUGAUGAAAUGCAAGAUUCUGCUUUGCAAAAUCGUCAUUUGAGACUUUUAGCUGGCCGCUUAACCUGGAAAAAUAAUGUUUUAGCUAAUGAUUUGAAAUUAAGUGAGCCUAAUAGAAGAUUGAUCAAAGAAGGUGCUGUUACAAGGAAAAGAGAAAAAUGGAUAACUUCAAACUAUUAUUUGAUCUUACUAGAUAAUUACUUGUUGAUCACAGAACCUCAAAAGGAUGAGCAUUAUAAAAUUUCUGAAAAACCAAUCCCAAUUGAAUUUUUACAAAUUGAAACCAAAAAUUUUGCAUCAGCUUCUAAUGUUAACCUAAGUACAGAAGGUGAAAUUUAUCCAUUUAAAGUUAGAUAUACUGGUCAAAAUGUUUCAUACACUUUUUACGCAGAAACAUUAGCUGAAAGAGAUUCUUGGUUCCAUUCAAUAAAUCAAGUUCAAUCUAAAAAAGUUAAGAAUUCAAUAUUUGAACCUUUUAAAAUAUCAAUUUUAGCUGACCAGUUUGCUUAUGAGGAAGGAGAACAACCACAAAAAUUACCAUUAUUAGCUGCUGGAUCCAAUAUUGAUGUUGCAUUGAAGUCAAUUGAAGCUGAUAAAUCUACAGACGUAACUAGACCAUUGAUGUUCAGUGAAGUUUCAUGUGGUACUACAUUCCAUUUCCAAGAUCGUUCAUUCUAUGUAUUGGGGUUGAAUUUCGGUUUAUACAUCACUGAAGCUGAAAACCCAAAGGGCUGGAAAAGGGUAUUAGAGCUGGGGAAAAUCACCCAAGUUGAACAAUUGGAUAGUUUGAUGGUUAUAUUGGCUGAUAAGGCACUCUACUACUUCAACAUCGUCUCAUUAUUGUUGAAUUAUUAUGACCAAAAUUAUGAUGGACAAACGGUUGGUGAGAAAUUAAGUAAAAGGGAUGUCUCUUUUUUCAAAAUUGGAACUUAUUAUAAUACAAAAUUAUUAUUUUUGAUGAAGAGUUCAAUUUCCACUGUUGGAUCAAGAUUUAAAGUUUACACUCCAAUCAUGGAUACGUUUGGUGUUUUCCAGUAUUUCCAACUAUACAAGAGAUUUCAAUAUGCCUCAGAUUGUUUUGGUAUCUCUAUUUUCAACAGUAUGUUUGUGUUACAUACCUCUAAAGGUUUUGAAAUUUUAUCAUUUCAAAUCCUUAAUGAAUCACAACCAAUUCCAAAAUUUAUUGAAUACUUGAAAAAACCUAAGACAGAACUAGAUUUAAUUAAAAAGAAGUUGAAUUCGUCAAGCGCCAAACCAUUAACAAUGGUUAAAGUCUUUCAAAAACCACAAUUUUAUUUGAUUUAUGAUUCAUUUGCUAUAGUCAUUGAUACUAUCGGUCAAUUAAUUUCAAAUAACUUUAUUUUCCCAUUCAAAUUCAAAUGUUCAAAAGUUUGCUUAAAAGAAAAUUUUUUGAUUUGUAUUGGUGAAGAUAUUGUGGAGAUUUUUGAUUUGAAUUAUGAUGAUGCUCUUGGGUUUCAAAAAUUUGACCCUGUUCAAAUAAUCACAGGGAAGGAUAUUAGGUUGAUUGAUGGUAUUGAUGCAAAGAUUGUUAUGGCGCAUCCAAAGAUUACAGGAAGACAAUUAGUUAUAACAUUGGACAGAAUUUUAUGA